UCGUCAUCGCCUAUCGAUACGCACCCAUGCCGGCGGUAUUUUGUCGCGAAAAUUGUUGUUUAUUUAUUGUUUGUAAGUGAUUUAAGCGAAAUAUAAAAUGGAGAGAAACCUACAGAAACAGAUUUAUGGCAUAUCGCGAGAGUCCUCUCCGGGUUUGCGAAGAUAUAGCAUGCCAGCGGCUCCGGCAGACAGCACGCGAAAAUCUUUUUUUGGCGGCAACGCCAGUCUUGCCCAGUUGCCCGGAAAUCUCAAAAAGACUGCUCUGACCAACAGCCGGCUUAGUUUGUCCGUGCGAUCCACUCAGUCUAUUCCGGGCAUACGCUCCGACUACAAUGUGGUGGAGAGUUUUGGCUGUCCAUUGCCCGUGGUUGUCAACGAGGCGCUUACCUUUGCCGGAUCGGGAGCGGGAACGGUCACCGCCAAAGUGACUCAAAAUGGUUGGGCUUGGGUUGUCCAAGGCAGACGUCUCUUAAUUUGGCAAUACAAAGAUACGACCAGAUCCGCUUCGCCACCUCGCCUGGGCAAACCAACCAGACGGGGAGGUGGAUUGGCCCAGUGCCGGGAGUUGACCCUGCCCUACAGCGAUCUGGGCCAUAAGAGCGACUUGAUAAGCGUUUUCCAAACAGAAGGUCAGCAAAUGGCCUCCUGCAUUGCUGUCUCUGCCACGGGAGAAGUUCGCUACUGGUCAUCAAUCGCGCAUGACGGUAAUUCUGUGGAUCUAUCCAUCCUAACUGGCCAGGAGUUUGUCCAGCUCCUCAAUCUGCCCACACAGCAGGGCUAUCUAGCAGUUACUACCACCUGCAAUUUGGUUUUCCUGAGGGUCGGACUCACCAACGGUCGUUACACGCUACACCAUAAGACCAUUAAGCCCGCCACUAGUUUCCUUGGUGGCUUUGGUAAGAAGUUUGCUUCGAUUUUGAUUGGCAUGAACACAGGUGGUGAAAAGGAUCAGGCUUUGGUUGGUAUGUGCUGCGAAAGCAAUUCUGAAACUGGAGAAACAGUCGUAGCCGUGCUUUCCGACCGUGCAAUUCAGCGGUGGAGUCUAUCUAACAAGGGAAAUGCCGAAAACCUUCUGUACGAGGAUGGGGAAGUGGUGCGCAGGAUUCGUGAUGAAUUUAAAACCAAGUUCUGGAAUGUGCGACUGCCCGCUGAUAAUGUAGAGAUCGAUCUGCAUUUGCUAGACUUUCAUUUGGUGAAGGAAAAGGCGUACAUUCUGGCUGGAGCUGUGAACUCUGCUCAUGCUCCACAAAUGUGCUAUGCUCUGAUAACUGCAAGUCCACAACCGGAAAGUAUGCUUAUGGAGUCCUUUACACCGCUUAAGAUCAACAAGUUUUUCAAUGCCAAAACUGAAGAAGAUUGCCUCAGUCUGCGCUUCGUGGUGGGCAGCAGUCACCUUUAUUUGUACACUCCCAAGGUGGUGUACCCCCUGCACUUAUCCAAUUCCGUGCCAACAGCGGAGCUGGAAGCCGAGAAGAUUGAGUUCCACCUCCAUGAUGAUCGCAUUUUGAGUGCUGCAAUCUGCAGUCAACUGCCGUUGUUCUUUAGCCGCACCCAUGGUUUAGUUUCCAUCACUCCAGGUGAUUUUGACGGUACCGAAAUGAUGAACAUGAGCUCCUGCAACACCCCCGACUUGUUCGCCCCCAACUCUUUCAAUGCCAGUUUCGGUGCUCCUGAGCAGACAACUUUGACUGGCAGCACAAAUAACCUACACCUAUUCGAACUGGAUCCGGAUGAGAUAUACAAUGAACUUUGCGAUGAGGUGGGCCAACUGAAGGCGGCAUUCCUGUACCACUUAAAGCGAAACAACAACAUGGUUAAAACAAUUGUCGGCGAACUAAUGCGCAGCGUGAAUGAAGCCGAUCCAAAUGGGGCACCGAUAGAUGCCUUCAAGUUGGAUAGAAUUGUUAUUACAAUUGCCGAAGAUUUGGCGGAAGAUAUUCCGAUUUCAGAUCCGCGUUGGGAGGAAGCUCUCGGUGAUCACGAUAGCAACCGGCAUGCUAUUGGCAGUUCACGUUCGAUGCAGAUUAUCAAUCAAUUAAGGGAUAAGAUAAUUGCUUUCCAGCAUUUCGUCACCUUCUUGCAUUCCAGUGGAGUUUGGGAAAAGCUUAAUGCCAUACCCUGCGGAAGUCAUAUGCUAAAGCCCACCAGCUUUAUUCUCUCCGACAUCAGUGAAAAGAUAGUGGCUGCCAUGGCUCUACGUUCAUUGCAGACUAAGAUGCCCAAGCUAAUUGAAGAGGCCAUCGAGGCCACCGUUGCGUUGUGGGAUGAGAAACCCCAAGGCAGCCUUACCAAUCAGGAUAUAUUCUAUGUGAAGCUGUCCAAGUUCCAAAACGUAUUCGAGGCCUUGGCUGAUAUUGCCGACGAAAGAAUUGCUGCUCAGAGCCAGACCACCAUAUCAGUGGCCCACUUUAUCAACGACAUAAACUCAAUUGUUCUGGACACUCUGGGUCAAGUGUUUAGGCAUCGGGAGCAGCAUGCCAGUAGCUUCAGACUGAGCAAUGACAAGCUAACCUCCUACGAAAAUCUUCCAUGGACUGCGAUGGCGGGAAGCGCAGGUGUCCGGGACACUUUAACCCGGCUGAUCGAUAUCAGCGUUCGGUACGGAGGCCACUGCGUUAGCGAGACUGAGUUGAAGCAGCACUUGUAUCAGCAAAUAUUUGAGCUGGUGGAUCUGGUACUUGAUGGAAGAAGGACCUACUUGGAAAGCGUUCGAGAUACGGAGAAGUUCAAUGUGCUGCAGCAGCAGUUUGAAGCCCAGCGCAGGGAACUCAUCUCAGUACUGAUCAAAGAUCGUCAGUACGAGUACGCCGCAAAGCUCGCCGAAAAGUACCUGGACUUUCAAUGUUUAGUGCUCAUCUGCGAUGAGACGCAGGACAAAGAUCGGCUGGACGAUUACACCCGCAAGUAUGAGGAAUAUGACUUCUCACAGUUCGCUAUCAAUUGGCACUUGCGCCAGAACCGGCACGGCGAGGUCUUCGAACGCUUCAAGGGCAACCAGACGGCGUUGGCUCAGUUCAUGCGCGACCAUCCGUCCCUGGGCUGGAUCCAGUUAAUAUUCAACGGCGACUUCGAGCGGGCGGCCAAGGUGCUCUACGAAUUAGCCCAGUGCGAAACGGAGUUUGUGGCGCGCAAAAAGUCUAUGUUGUCGCUAGCAAAAUUGGCAGCUUUCGCAGCAGCCGAUUCCGAUUUAACUGCCCAGGUUGAGAAGAUCAAUGCAGAUCUAACGCUGAUCGAAUAUCAGUCGCAAUUGAGCCAUGACAUAUUGCAAAGUUUUGGCUUCGACUCUACCGAACAAAAGGUUCUUAAAGCAGAGGAGAUUAUUAACCUUAACAUUGCCGAAGAGAAUGACACUGCCACCGAAGCGGAGUUCCGUAAAUCUCUGGAGCUUCUGAGUUACGUGGACCAGCCAUACGACAUGAGACACAAGAUCUGGUGCGCAGCCAUUAAGCGCGACAACUGGACGGAUUACGAUCCCAACAAUGCAGUGGAUUACAUACAGAAACUCCUCUUCUUCAAGAUCAUCGAACUUUCGCAGCUGAUGGACCACGAAUCCGAGAACUUCCUGCCGCCCAUGGAGGAUUUCCUAGAGAGCGUGGAGCUCGGUGAUUUGCCGCAGCAGAAACCAUUCCAGUAUCUGCUAAAACUGACCUACGAAUAUGUGGCCGACAUGUUCCGGCAGCCGGAAGAUAUGGAAAUCUAAGCGUGCAACUCACAUGUCGUUUAUUAAAGUUUACUUUAAGAAUACAA